AUGGCGACUUGGAGACGCCUCGAGCGCCUCAACACCCAAGGAGAGCAGUCUGUGAUUCCAUGCCGAAAAUCCGUCAAAUUUCGUUACUUUGAUUUUGAAGAAGCGAAAGAAGUCACCGCUGCAAACGAAAAGGGAGAAAGGACUAGCUUACCCUGCGAAACUUCUCCACUUCCGUCUGGCUUUUGGGGUAACUUGGCAGAGGUUCCGUCACAACGUGGUAGUGUCAAAGAUCUGCCGAUUAUUCCGAAACCUCAACGACCUCGUAUGGGAACCACCGACUAUAAACGCCGUAAUUCAGCUAGUGUUUUUACAAGGAAUAGCUUCAGAAGUGGAAAGGUAAUAUAG